GUCUUCCGUCUUUCUUAUCCUUCCCUCUCCCCCUUUCCCGCCAUCAGCCGGGGCGAGUGACCGGUAAACACAAUGCUGCCCCUCAUUCUCGCCUCGCCGCUGCUGGCGCCCGCCGUGGCGGCUGCAUCUGGGACGCUCCCGAUCAGCCCCCGCGGCGACGGCAUUAUCCGGUCGCCGGUCAACGCAAUCCGGGGUCCCGCGCCGAAGCUGCGGGGACGUCAGAAUAGCGUCGAGGUGGCCAACCAGGAUUCCGGCACGAGAUACGCGGUGGAAAUCGAGGUGGGCACGCCGGCGCAGAAACUGACCCUGACUCUCGACACCGGGUCGCCCGACACCUGGGUCAACCCGACGUGCGCCACGGCCAAUGUGCCCUCCGACUGCAACUCCUUCCCGCGCUUCGACUACAGGAAGAGCAGCUCGUUCAACGCGACCGAUGUGGUCGACACGAUCGUCUACGGCAUCGGCAACGCGACGAUCCAGUAUGCGUAUGAGACGGUAACAAUAGGCUCCGCGACCAUCAAGCACCAAGUCAUCGGCGUCGCCAAAGAGUCUCACAGGAUCCCCCUCGGCAUCCUCGGCGUGUCCCCGCCGCUACAGGGCACCGGCGACUAUCCGUAUGUGCUCGACACCAUGGCCAGUCAGGGCCUGAUCAAGAGCCGCGCCUUCUCGCUCGACCUGCGCGGCAUCGACAACCCCAACGGCGCUAUCAUCUUCGGCGGCAUCGACACGGGCAAAUACAUCGGCUCGCUCGCCAAGCUCCCCAUGCUCACCCCGGAGCAGUCGCCCGGCGGCGCCAACCGCUACUACGUGACCCUGACCGGCGUCGGCCUGACGCUGCCGGACGGCGAGGCGACGCGGUCGGACGAGAUUGACGUGCCCGUCUUCCUCGACUCCGGCUCGACCAUCUCGUACCUGCCCACGCGCAUCUUCGAGGCGUUCGCCGAGUCCUUCACCGACGGGGAGUACGACCCCAGGUCGGGCUUCUACUACGUUCCCUGCGACGUGGCCGACUCGGCCGGCUCGAUCGACUUCUACUUCGGCAGCAAGGCCAUCAAGGUGCCGCUCCAGGACAUCAUCUGGCAAGUGGACGACGACUACUGCGUGCUCGGCAUCCUGCCCGGCGACGUCGGCCUGGACAGCGAGUACAUCCUGGGCGACAGCUUCCUGCGCGCCGCCUACGCCGUCUUCGACCAGGACAACCGCAACAUCCACCUCGCCCAGGCCGCCAACUGCGGCACCCACCUCGUCGCCAUCGGCUCCGGCGCGGACGCCGUCCCCAGCUCCACCGGCCAGUGCACCGCCCUGCCCACCCCCACCGCCACCACCGACUCCGACAGCGCCACCGAGACCUUGGACGUCACCGCCACGCGCGCCCCCACCAACACCUUCACCGGCACCGCGCCCACCGUCGCCCUGGGUCCGGGGCCCGCCGCGUCGCGGGUCAGCGACUCCGGCACGGCGGGCACGCCGCAGGCCACCGCGGGGUCGUCGGGCGGUCCGGGCGGCGGUCCGAACGCGGCCGGAAGGGGCGUGCAGGUUGGGUUCGGUGCGGUCGCGGCGUUCGUGGCGGUUCAUCUGCUCGCUUGGAUAUUCUAGAUCCUCGGUUGGAUACGGCACCUACCUUACUUACCUAUUCGGCGUAAUGCAAAUGGCUCGUUUUGGAUGAGCGUAAUGGAGCUCAGGCGUUUGACGUUGGACAGGGAUUCCGCAUGUACACCUAUGUUUCGAAGCGUUUGCAAACGCAUAUAAUUUAGACGGACCUGGGGGCUUUCCCAGGCUCCAUCCUCCCUCCUCUUUCUUCGCGUCCGUUCUGGUCGUGAUUUUCUUCGCAUUGGACAGACUGGCGUGGGUUGUGCGGCGUCGGCCAGGGGACCUGGCUUUGAUAGGUGAUACUUGCAAUCAAUCCAGUUGGCGGUUUUCGGUCGCCGAUAGAUAGAUAAAUGCGCCUAUGGGGAGACUCAGGGGCGUUACCGUCACCAGAGUCCAGCGAGCAGAGCGUACAUGGAUAGUGCGGGCAUCAAAUACUGCAGUUGUGGCUCAUGUCUAGAGCUGCCUCGCUCUGG